AUGAAGAAGGAUCACAUCUGUAAACAUCCUGGUUGCAACAAAAGCUUCACUCGCGCCGAGCAUCUGCGCCGGCAUGCGCUCAAUCAUGAGCAGCCACGAGGUGGUUUCACUUGUGAACGUUGUUCAGUGCACUUCAAACGUUCAGAUCUGUUGGCCCGACAUAUCAGUCGUCAUGACAAGCGGGACGAGGAAGCCGGCGGACCGGGACUGGGAGUACUGAAGACGCGAAAAAGAACUCGUCGAGCCCAUGAUGGUACAAUCAUCGUGCGUCCAUCACAGCGAGAGCUUCAGUCUAUGCGGUCAGCAGCUCAAUCAUCUUCCAAUUCAUCAACCUCAUGCUCGGGUCUGGAUCUGGUAGGAGAGGAAGAUUAUGAUGAAGAAGGGUUUCCAGCUCAAGGAGGUCCAAUAUCGCCGCCGACUUCUGGAACUGACUUUGCAUCGCUAUCGCUCGAGGAACCGGAUCCAUUGUUGGCGCCAAUGAUGCCAGGCGGACCUUUUGAACCUUUUAUGGAACCGAUUCCCGGACAAUUCGAUGCAGCCGACGGAUCCUUCAGUGUUGGGUUAGGUGGAAUGACUGAUUUGCUUGGCCUUGAUACCGCAACCGACUUCAACCUGCCCUUUGCGGCAACAUGCAACUAUAAUUGGCUGUUUGACGUGGCCUAUCUCGACGAUGCCUUUCAUCAUUUUGAUUUUCCUCUUGGCUCCGAUACGGAGGCAUGCCCCGAUGUACAAAUGGACAUUUCAUACCAGCCGACGGGAAACUAUGAUGGUCCAUCAGCUCUUUUGGAGGUGGCCUCAAUGAUGCAGACUGGAGAAUCCUCGCAACGUACACCGGCCCCGGAUGCGUCGUCAGGAAUCCUUGAGAUGGAGUGGAUGUGUGGAACUUCCUUCCUAGGCCAGACUCAAUCACCACGCCUGCCACAAAUAUCCGAGAUAUCUCGCCAAGCGCGGCCUCCUGGGAGGCAUUCUCUGCCCAAGAAUGGGCCCAAACGGCUGCUCACGAAACAAACAGACCAUUUCUAUCAGUUCUUAAAGGCUACAUUACGCCUGGAACCGUUUCUCGACCACGAGAUCUGA